UUGUCACCCAUUUCUUCAACUUCAACCCUCUUUCUUCUCACCCUUCAAACCCAUCUCUUUUGCACAAAGGAAGAAGAAGAAGAAGAAGAACCAAGAAGCCAUAGCCAUAGCCAUAGCCAUACCCAUAGCCAACCAAGAAUGGGUUCCAAAUCCCAACUCCUAUUGAACCCACAACAAGCUUUGUUUGAAGAUCAAGAUCAUCAAACACCAGCAAUUUCUCAAAUGGGUUUCUUCAAUUUCCCUUCAAACCCCUUUGAGAAUCCAAAUUUCUCAACCUCCAACAAUAAUAAUAAUAAUUCCGACACCAACCUUAAUCUCUCCGAAACCCUACUUUUUUCUUCUAUGAAUUUGCCCCUCAAGCCCUCCCCUUUCUAUGAAUUUGCUCCUCCACACCUCCUUUCCUUGCAAACUUCCACUCCAAAUCUAUGGCCAUGGGGAGAGAUUGGGAAGAGAAGCAAUGAAAAUCAAUUGGGAAUUUCAACAAUAAAGAUGAAGAAGAUCAAAGGAAGAAGAAGAGUUCGAGAGCCAAGAUUUUCAUUCAAAACCCUAAGCGAUGUGGAUGUUCUUGAUGAUGGUUACAAAUGGCGGAAGUAUGGCCAGAAAGUUGUCAAGAACACACAGCAUCCUCGAAGCUAUUACCGUUGUACACAAGAUCACUGUAGGGUAAAGAAACGAGUGGAGAGAUUAGCUGAGGAUCCAAGAAUGGUGAUUACAACUUAUGAAGGAAGACAUGUUCAUUCUCCUUCUCAUGAUUCUGAAGACUCUGAAGCUCAAACCCAUCUCAAUAAUUUCUUCUGGUAAUAAUGAAGCUAAAGAGAAGGAGAAAAAGAAGCAAAUAGGUUGAUGGGGGGUUUAUGCAUAUUGUUUGUCUUGUUAGCUACUAUUUUAGUUUGGCUUUGGUUCUUUUGUCCAUCUCUUCUCUUCCCUUCUUGUGUUUGGUAACGUAGGGAAAAGAGAUGGAAACGAACCUUAGUCAGUCAUGUGUGUGCCUUUUGUUCUUCUCUUUCAUUUACUUCAUUAUGUUUCUUUUAUUAUGAAAUGGGAGAGAAAACAACAUAAAACAAA